AUGUCCGCACCAUCUCUAAGCUUUGCUCACACCGUUGAACUCGACUGCUUCCUCCAAGAAGCCAACGUCACCACCACAGAUCUGUUUGCUGUGCUCGGAGACAGUCGUUACCGCGAGACAUUCCUGAAAGGCGUACGAGCCGUCGUUGCCGACUACAAGAAGCGAGGCCGUCAACCUCCUCCCAUGUAUUUCACUUCUCCGCAAAGCCGCCAACAACCAGCCGAAUCGCCCGUAAAGCAGGAAGCCCCCUCAUUGCCUACUCCAUCUCGAGUCGGCGACCAAGGCUCCGACGAUGACAUACGUACGCCACCCAUUCCGCACCUUGACUUGCCCCUUUUGGACAUCGUGCCUGGCUCAGACAUCAAGCUUCGCGACCUGACAGCUCCACAGCUCUGGACAUGUCUUCACGACACCACCCUGUUCGGCUCGAGCAUGUCAUUCUUAGCCCGAGUCGCACAGCACACCAUCACACGCGAUCUGGACCGACUCGUGACACUCGAUCUCGGUAGAGGCGAGUUCGCCGUAUUGCAAGUCUCCAACAAACUGCCCAUCCAGGAACAGCUGGUCUUCAAGUCUCGAUUUCCAGUCGGAAGCAUCGUCCACAUCCUCAAUGUGACACGCUUGGAUGUCGGUCGCUUCAGGUAUCUCAAUUUUGCUGAAAGAUCUUCGAUCAGGAGACUGGACAAUGUCAACUUCGAGGUGGUGGAGCGAGUCAAUUCGCAGCUGAAUCGGAAUCGCAAGAGAAGCUAUGCCGAAGUUGUGGUCGAAGAGGUUCGCAGCAGUUCGGCGUUUCUGGAUCAACGCAGCCGUCGUGUGCGAGAGCGUUUUUCACAAGGCUGA